AUGAGUACAACAAAUUGCAGAUUUUAUGAAAACAAGUAUCCAGAAGUGGAUGAAGUUGUUAUGGUCAACGUCCAGGAAAUUGCUGAGAUGGGUGCAUAUGUGAAGUUGUUAGAAUAUGACAACAUCGAAGGGAUGGUGUUAUUAUCGGAAUUGUCGAGAAGACGUAUUCGUUCUAUCCAAAAAUUGAUCCGUGUCGGUAAGAAUGAGGUGGCCGUAGUAUUGAGAGUUGACAAGGAAAAAGGAUACAUUGAUUUGUCUAAAAAAGUCGUUUCAGCUGAAGAUAUAGUGAAGUGUGAUGAAAGAUACAACAAGUCAAAGGCUGUCCACUCCAUCUUGAGACAUUGUGCCGAAAAAUUCAACAUUCCUUUGGAAAAAUUAUAUGAAACCAUUGGGUGGCCUUUAAGCAGAAAGUAUGGCCAUGCCUAUGAUGCUUUCAAGAUAUCUAUCACCGAUCCUUCUGUCUUUGACAAUGUCGAUGUGCCUUCAAAGGACGUCUUGGAAGAGUUAAAGUUAUACAUCUCAAGAAGAUUGACGCCUCAGGCCAUCAAUAUUAGAGCUGAUGUUGAAGUCUCAUGUUUCAGCUACGAAGGUAUAGAUGCUAUAAAGGAAGCCUUAAAAGCUGCUGAAAAGGUUUCAACUUCACAAAUGCAAGUCAAGGCCAAAUUAGUGGCUGCUCCAUUGUAUUUCCUUACCGUUCAAGCCUUGGAUAAAAAUGAAGGUAUCAAACUUUUGGAAGCAGCUAUUGAAAAAAUCACUGAAUCAAUUGAAGCUAAUGGUGGUAACUGUAAAGUCAGUAUGCCUCCAAAGGCUCUUUCAGCCAACGAGGAUGCAGAAUUAGAACGUAUGUUGGAAAGAAGAGAAGCUGAAGACAGAGAUUCAUCAGAUGAGGAAGAUGAUGCAUAA